UACUUAUUUUACAAAACGAAAGUAGAGAUUUGGGAUUUUCCGCAGUUGAAAAUUCUCCCUGUGGGUGGCAUUCAAGAAUAGAAAUAGAAAUGGAUCAUAUACCUCGCCUGUCAGAGGCUGUGUAUGUAGGACUGUGUCGUAAAGUAGGGAGUCCUACAGAAGUGAGGAUCAGGAGAGAAGUGAAGGACACUGAGGAGGUCGUGAAUAAACCUGUGGAUAUCAUGAGGGGACUUGAAAGAAUGGAGAGUGGGAGUAGACGUGAGGGAUUCAAGCUGAGAACUUCAGAUUUAGAUUGGAUGUUCUGGCCUCCGGAUCACAAAGUAAUCUGUGAUCUCUCUCAGGUCAGUCUCUACCGUAUUCCACAACACACAGUCAUUCUAAUGGAGUGUGAUGACCUACCACCGGGAUUUACCAGACUAAAUCUGUUGAGUCCUUCUAAUGAUGAAGAUGUCAGAUCCUCCUGUGUAGAGAUCAAUAACAACGUGUAUAUAUCUAGUACGUUAUUCCGAGAUAACUACCUUCGAUACUUACAGUCUUAUAAUUGGGGAUUUUCUUCUAAUUCACAUGGUCCUUGUUCUACAUUUUGCCGGGGUGGAUUAGAAUCAGAUUGUGUAUUCUGUUUUCGAUCCCAUCACUGGCCAGCAAUCGCUUUUCCAUGGAUACAUAGAUGUCGUCAACAAGGUUGGCCGUCUGAGGAUGUUUUAUCAGAUAUAUUAAGAUCAGGAUGCCAUGUUGUCCCUAUCGGCAGCACACCUGACAGCAGACAAGAGUGGAGAAUUUCAUUCUCCAUGGCGGAGCAAAAAAUAGUUUAUUCAAUGAAUCACACUCAGUUUUUGUGUUAUGGUCUUUUUAAAAUAUUUCUUAAGGAAAUAAUUAAUUAUAAUGAAUGUCCGCCAGGUCUAUGUUCAUACUUCACAAAAACUGCUGUAUUUUGGGUAAUUCAAACUAACAACGCCUUGACUUGGACACCUGAAAACUUAUUGCCUUGUUUCUGGGAUUGCUUUAAAUUAUUGAUACAUUGGGUAUUUGCUGGAGAAGGCCCAAACUUUUUUAUUCCACUAAACAACAUGUUCCGAUAUAAAGUAAUUGGAUCCAUACAAACAGUAUUGUUUAAUAAGUUGUAUAAAUUGUAUUGUGAGGGUAUACCAUGUCUUUUACUGAGUGAAACGUUAGGACCGUUUCUCAGUCUGGCCAUUUUAUACAGAACAUUGAGAAUGUGUACUGACGAGAGCAGUGUCAUUACUAACACUGAACUUGAAAUUAGUUUAUUUGAGGAAUUCGAUGGAAGGAGCCAAAGAGUUUCAAGUGAUGAAGAGUUUGCAGCUCUUAUGAAGAACAUUGAAAUAGAGAUUAGUAAAAGGUUGACGCCCUUCCAGGAGGCUACAGUACAAUUUAUAACAUCAGACAUAUUACGAAACACUGCCAUGCUGAAACUGUGUGAUGUAUAUCAACAUAAAAAUCCUAAUAAGGUUUAUUACAAAGCUAGUUACGUACCCCGAAUGUUAAAACUGUCAUGUACAUUAGGUUGUGUCUCAGAUAUUCUGUAUCUUGCAAUGUAUUUUUACAGAACAUGUAGAUAUGAACGGUCACUCACUUGUUUACAGAAGAUACAGGACAGAAUGUCAAAGCUAUACAUAAUGUACGGUAAUCAUGUAAAUAAAUAUAUGUACACACUAUGCACGAUGGGGGUGACUCUGUGUCAUAAAAUGAAAAUUGCUUUAGUGAACAAUAUUGUGUUAAGAAGUCAGUACACAUACAUUGAUGAACUAGUUCUAGAGCAGAAGAACAGUGAGGAGAAUGGUAAAGAUACAUUGUUCAUUCCACCUCUAGUGAUGUUACACAUGAUGUUAAUACUGAAUCACCACAGACUGGGUGACAUAAUCAGGUCACAACAAUCUCUACAGGAUCUACAGACUCUGCUGCUCUGUGAUGACGGGGUUUAUGUACCUCCUCCCCUCAGAGAUAUUUCUUGGGAAAUACUGGGAAUCUGUCAACAAAUUUGUGGGGACUUCCUGGGAGCUCUAGAAUCUUAUCAACAGUCGUUACAACAAGAUCCGUUAAACAAGAUUCGGGAAGCAACGCUGUUUAGAAUUAAUACAUUAAUAAAUGAGUGAUGUAAAAAAAAAAACCUCAAUGUAGCUGAUAGCUGAGUAUUUUUGUCGUCGCGCCAAUUUUUACGUCGUAUUUUUGGUUAGUAGAGAUUUGUUGUAAUAUUCAGGAAAUUAUUUUUAAUAUGCUUAGCUUUCAAUCAUGUUUUAAUAUUAUAUAACUUUCUGUGUUUAAGUAUUCAUUUAUACGAGUACAUGUAUAUUCGAUUUGUGGCAUUCUUUACGUGUAAAUGGGUGAAAUGUCUUGUUUUUUUUUUUAAGAUUCUGAAAUAGUGUUGUUUAAUGAAGGUUGGCAAUGUUGAUAAUAAGCAAGGCUAUCUUUUUAACUCCGCCCAAAUCAUUUUUAUAAUAUAAAGCAUAAAACAUCACAGUGUCAUUUUUUUUUCUUUUCAAUUCCACUUCAUAAAAAAAUAACAAAAUUAUUUUUCUGAAUAUUUUAAUUCAAGUAUCUCUGAGUGAAAUGAAAAUAAAAUAAAAUUGACAAUGUUUAACCUGACUGUUGUCGAGCUGCUAUCCAUGCAUGCUACCCAAGGCACGGGUUGUGGAUAAAAUACAGGAAAAAUAUAAAAUACCAAACUAUUUAUUUAAAGAUUUUUUAGCCUUCAUUUAGAAGAAUUCCGAAGAACCUUGAUAUAUUUUGUUAUGUUUUCUUGAUAUACUUUUUUUUCUAAUUUCAU